AUCGCUUGCUUGAAGUGCAUUGUGUACUACGCAGUUAUUCACUAUCAACGGUUUUACCGUGUUUUCUUUCUUUGGUUUGUCGAAGGCUUAACUACGACUCGUCAAGAUGAUGUUAAUACAACAAUUAAACUGUAGUAGUAGUAUUAGUAGUUACUACGACGGUCAACCAAUUGAAACUGAAACCAAAGUUGCGAAGAAGAUUUACUCCGGCGACGGAGGGUCGCAGACCGGCCCCGGUGGCAAGCGCUCGGCUCUGUCGGCUUCGGACGCCGAGUGUUUCUCGCUGUGCCUGGGCGCCGGGCCUCUGUGGUGGUCCGAUGUUCCGGCUGUCGGCUCGGCACCGCCCGGAGGGGUGAACGGCGGGGCCUCGAGCCCCGCUACCCCAUCCACCCCCACCCACGACGACAACAACCAUAACUUGUUGAGCGCCUUGCUAUGGACGAGCGCGACUUCCCUGUCGAGCAGCUCCGAGAGCCUGAACUCGGAGCGCUCCAUGCCGCCGCGGUACACACGUGAUCAAGAACAGACCGUAAGCAAGAUCUUAGAAUUCAAAGAGCGGCGUCCGGUGAAGAUCGAGUUCAAAAUCCAUCUUACUGAAAACACAGUCAUACGCUGGGAAGCUGUGGUGCAAGGCAAUACUAUCUACUUGCGCAUGCCAGGCGUGCUGCAGGGGGGCAGCAAGGAGAGCUUCAUGCUGAUGCUGGACUUCGCCGAGGAGAGGCUCGGCUGUCAGAACUGCAUCAUAUGCGUGUUGAAAUCCAGGCCGGACUGCGCCACUCUGCUGCGAACCUUCAUGUUCUUGGGUUUCCAGACCCUCGCGCCGCACUCUUACCUGAUGCCGCAGAGCUUGAACAACCCCGAUUACAUAUUCCUCCACUACAACAUGAAGUAGGGGUGUUGAACUUAUUCCGACACUCAGCAAUAAUAACCCUUUAUUUACUCUUAACGCUCGUAUAGAAUACCCCCUUUAAAAAGUUUCCAAUUUCAAAAUAAUACUACCAGAGUAGAUAUUUUUCGUAGGCGUGUUUCGGAGUUGCGGCUAUCGACUCGAGUUAAUGAGUAGUUAAUAUCAGUAUUUGAAUGCACUUAAUUUGAUAUCACACGCGGGCUUUGCUUAGAAUUUGAGGCGCCAACAAGUGUAGUUUAGGUGUUAUCUUAGUAUAUUUACUUAUAUUAAUAUAAACAAUGUUGAAUCAAAUUUCUUCCGAUUGAUGAUCAUCUGUAUCGAUUUCUGAACUAUGGCUAAAUCGAUAAAAAUAUUUCUCGGGAUAAAUUUGGUUUAAUGUGCUUUGAUUUCUACCAUUUCAGCUUUGAACGCUUGAAUGUGGCAACACUUUUUGUUUUCAUCCUUCAAAACUGAUUUUGUAGAAAUUUUGAUUUUUGCUUUUAAACAUUAUAUUAUUACGUAUAUAUGUUUGUCGUCGUGUAACCAUAAUUCACCCUAUCCGGGCUAGAGCGAAAAAACGAAAAAAAAAAACAAAUAAAAAAAUAAAAAACAAAAAAUGACAAAAAAAAUAAUGAUAAUUUGUAACAAAUAUUUCGAAAAACACAUCUUCCUAAGACAUUUUUUGAGACACCUUAAAAAAAUCACAUAACGUUCGAAAUAUUACUUCUUUAAUAUAUUUUUAUUUUUCUUUUUAUCACAUUCUCGUGCACUAAAGGUUUCCAAUGUGAGAAUGGCAAUCUUUAGUUUUGUAGUAUAUAUGAUAAUAUAGGUGAUUAGAUGUAAGGAUUUUGUUUAUUAUAAGUAUUACAAGCUGACGGACACUCUAAGCAUGUUAUCGCCACCUCAACAUGCGCACACUUACACAAACCCGCUUUCACACUAAUAUGGUGUUUGCUAUUCACAAUCAUAGCUAUUGAUUAAAUUAAAAUAUAGUUUUUAGUAAUUUCCUUAAAUAAUAGAUCCGAGUAUUCAAACUAGAAAGAUAUUUUUCUAUAUUGUUUGCUUAUUAGGAAAUUCUAAAAUAAAUUUUGUCAUCAUUUUACUUCGAAAAUUAUACAUCAAAUAUUAGACUAUAAGGUCUAUUAUUGCCAAACAAUAAAAAUAUAUUAGAACAGCGCGCUUGUGUAAUCGUGGAACAGUCGGCUAAUUAGGCUUUGACAGUGUGCUCCAAAAUUGAUUCAGUAUUUUAUCAGAGCCCGACAUUUGAUUUUUGGACACCUGUACGUAGUUUGAUUGUAAGUCUUAAUGUAUUAAUUGACGAUUAAAAGUUAAUUAUUAACCA